AUGGACGGGGAGGGGUCGACGACGUCGUGGGUGGAGGCGGUGGCGACGGGGAGUCGCUUCGUGUCGGAGAAGCAGCUCGAGGAGGAGCGGCAGCAGCUUGGCGGAACGCCUCGCGCCCCGGUGCCCGAUGGGCCGCGCAAGCCCCUCUGGGAGCAGCUGCAGUCUAACAGGGACCGCGCCGAAGAAGACUUCAAAGAAAAGAUCCGAUUCCGACCACCAAAGGCGUUGGAUGAAGAUGACGUGGCGUUCCUUGCCGAGUACGACCUUACGCGCCAGCGCCACCUGGCACUGCGCGAGCAGGAGGAGCGGGACGAGCUGGCGCGCUUCGAGGCGCAACGUGCCACCAUCGUCUACACCGCCGACGAGCCCGAGCCGCUCGUGCUUCCCACCUUCCUCUCCACCACCUCUUCCACUUCCACAUCUCCAUCUUCUACUUCUUCUUCCUCUACGUCGGCGUUGACAUCUUCAUCUAAGGCGACCGCCGCGCCGGCCAAGAAGAAGGGGAUCAUGGGGGUGAGCAUCAUCCAGGUGACGCCCAAGCGCAAGCAGCCCGAGGCAGCCGCGCAGACGCAGACGAAGAAGACGACGGCGACCAUCGGGGUCAUCAAGGCGACCACACCAACAACAACGGAGGCCGCGAAGAAGCAGAAGCGCGACGAGGACAACAACGAAAAGAAGAAGACGAAAGAAAGCCAAGAAGAAGAAGAAGAAGACGACAGCGACGACGAAGGUGGAGGAGGAUUUAGGCUUGUCGAUUACUGA